AUGAACUACUCGGCUUUCUACGACUCAAGUCCUUCUUUCCAGACUAAGUCUAUGAACUAUCCCCCAGACAGUGUCUGUCCAAUGGACCUAUUUCCAAAGCCAGUCAACUUUGCCCCUGAGGAAAUCCCUUCGUUCAAUAUUCUUGAGCCCAACUACGCCUUUGACAAUGACUCGCAGUCCACGUUGACCGGAGAUGAAACUGAUUUUGACGCUCUGAGUGACGUGGACAGUGAGUACGAGGUCAACUACGUUCGUCACGAAUCUAAGCUUGGAGAAGAGAAUUUCGAAGAUGAUGAACUGUCUGAGGACGAGCACUACCUCCCUCAUUAUCUGUCUCCUGUUGCGAUCCAGCAGCAGGGCAAGAACGUUGGACUAGUCAAACGACAGCACGUUCGAAAUUCUCGUCCACGUGAUUUAGACCAGUUUGAGAUUCUGGUCGUAACCCCUGCUUACAGCCCAGAAGAGGAGCCUCUCUCUCCUACUUCCUGCUACGUUUGUACAGAGGAGAUUGGACCUGUCGACGACUACCCUUCUCCUGGUCAUUCUCCCGACCUCGGAGACCUUACCGACGACGAUACCACCAGUGAUACCACCCUGGAUACUCUGGUUGAACACUCAUCCUUCUCUGAGGAUCUCUGGUUCCAGCGCAAGCCCAACGAGAUGCACGAGAUGUAG